AUCCUAUACACAUUCCUGUAAGAUUUUGGCUAAAGUAGAUGCUUUCAUACCAAAUCACUCACAAGUUACCAAGAACCAGUAGCAGUGUUCCUGUAAUUCAGCUGGUAGAGCAUGACCCGAACAACACCAAGGUCGCAGGUUUGGUUCUCAGGGAAUGCACACACUGAUUAAAAAAACGAAACAAAAACAAAACGUAAAGCUUGACCGCACUGUAAGCCCUUUAGAAUGAAAGCAUAUCAGCCAGGUGCAUAAAUGUAAAUAAGAACUAAAACACUGCCAAGUAAGAAUGUCACAACAAAGAGAAAGAACAUUUCUCUUAUUCAACCUGUGAGUUAUUAACCUGUUUAGGGCAUGCAAUAUUUCAAGGUUCAUGUCCUCUCUCUCCUUCUAACUCUGCCUUUCUUUGACUAUACCUGAGGAGACUGUGGCCCCUCCCACAUAUCCAGUUCUCUGGCCCCCUUUCAAAGCACACACACAGCCGGUUCAAUGAGCUCUUUGUGGGGUGUUGAGGUAUGCAGUGAAAGUGUGUGUGUGUGUGUGUGAGAGAGAGAGAGAGAGAGAGCGAAAGUUCACUACCUAGCAGAUUCAUCAGGACUGGGCACAACUCUGGAGGAUCUACUUAAAGGUGUGUGUGAACAGAAUUACAACAGAGAAAGCAGGAAAACAGGAGGAGAGAAAAGAGUGUGUACAAACAAGAAAAGGACAAAUCUGGGCGAUGCUUAGUGAGUGGUUUUGGUGGGAUCGGCUGUGGUUGCCGAGGCCGGUGACAUGGGCGGACCUACAGGACAGUGAGGGGCGUGUCUAUGCCCGUGUGUCCCAUUUGUACAUCAUUCUACCUGUAGCAGUCCUGCUGCUAGGCUUAAGAGCUUUCUAUGAAAGGUUGAUCGCGGUGCCACUCGCUGAGGCUCUUGGGGUUAAAGACAAAAUUCACAAGAGAGCGUCACACAACCCCGUACUGGAAAAAUACUACAAUACACACUCUAAACAUCCAACACAGGCAGAUAUAAAAGGUGUGUGUAAGAAGUUGGGCUGGUCGGAAAGGCAGGUGGAGCGCUGGUUCCGCAGACGGAGGAACCAAGACAGACCCGGACUACUGAAGAAAUUCAAAGAAGCCAGUUGGCGGUUUGCCUUUUAUCUGUGUUCGUCUUUCGGAGGAGUGCUGGCUUUACAUGAUAAACCAUGGUUUUAUGAUCUAAGGGAAGUGUGGGCAGGAUUUCCCAAACAAGUAACAUGUGUUUGUAUGGCGGUUGGUUUGUAUUACAUCAUUGAGAUGAGUUUUUAUGGUUCUUUACUGUUCAGUGUGGCUGCAGAUGUAAAACGUAAGGACUUUAAAGAGCAGUUGGUCCAUCACUGGGCCACACUAACACUGCUGUCCUUCUCCUGGUGUGCCAACUACAUCCGCAUUGGCACACUGGUUAUGCUGGUGCAUGACACAUCCGAUGUCCUACUCGAGACUGCUAAGAUGUUUAACUAUGCUGGAUGGGAGACGACCUGCAACAGUAUCUUUGUGGUGUUCGCUCUGGUCUUCAUGGUAACCAGACUCAUCAUUUUUCCUUUCUGGCUGAUCCACUGUACGUGGGUGUAUCCUCUGGACCAGUUCGAACCCUUUUUCGGCUAUUAUUUCUUUAACGUCAUGCUCGUGGUGCUGCUGUUAUUGCACGUGUUCUGGGCUUCUUUGAUUCUCCGCAUGGUCAAAAAGUUUAUUUUCGGCAAACUGAAGGGCGAUGAGCGCAGCGAUGAAGAGGAGGAUGAGGAGGGUUCUGAGGAAGACUACACACACACCUACUCUAAUGGAACUGGAAACGGACUGUCUAAUGGCCAUUGACACAGAGGGAGCCCUUCCACAAAUAGCCUUUUGAUGCCAUGCAUGCAUAUAUGUCCAUAUUGGACACAUGAUUCAUCUGUGAAUUUUCUUUUUUACAUAGCCUUCCAUAUUAAGGUUUGUAUAU